GAGUUGGGUCCCUCCCGCCGAUUCCGGCCGUCUCCGGGGCCUCCUCUCCCACGCGUCCCCGCCGCCUCUUCCCCAAUUCCCCACCGGCGAAAUGCCGUUCCAUCACCAACGGAGUCUCGACGCCGUGCCGACUCCGACUGCCGGAGCCAUGACUGAACCAUCACGGGAAGCUCCGCUCACAGCGGCCAACAAUAUUGAGCCGUUCUUUGUCCUCCACAAGGCGGCCGCUGGUGCCUCGCUGACAACUCCCCGGGCUCGGCGGCGGGUGGACAAAAUUUCCCAGCCGUCAUCUCCCAAUCCCAAAUCCGCAAAGAGACCGCGGGACGAGGACGUGGAGGAUGAGGGCGACAUGGAACUGUACGAGCAGCUCCGCUUGGAGGCCUUCCACCGCACUUGGUCCAAGAUCCAGUCCACCAUCAAUGAGGUCCUCAGAGGCAUCAACCUCAAGCUGUUCGACCAGGUGCUCCGCUGGGUCCAGGAAUCCUUCUCCACGGUCCGCUCUGUCAUCAGACCUUGCCCUGCUGAAAUCCAGCAGCCCUACCCUCUCCUAACUGAUGUCAUCUGCAGAAAGAUACCCACGGCAUUCGUUCUCACUAAGAAUGCGGAAUUCGUUGACGAUGUCACCACGUUUCGGGAUCUAUCGAAUCAUCUGGAGUCCAAUGGAUGUCACCUGGCCAAGCUGUCGUCAACCGAGUUGUCUGCAAAGCACGGAGUUGCUGCCUGCUUAAAGAGCUUGUUGAGGCAGCUGCUUUCAGCUGUUCCAGAUCAGGUAGCGGAUGUGUCUGCACUUGCAUCUUGGUACUGCGGAGCCAAGAAUUAUGAUCAGCCCAUCAUUAUCGUAAUUGAUGAUUUAGAGCAAUGUUCUGGUGAUGUUCUGGGGGAGCUUGUGAUGACGCUGAGCGAGUGGGUAAUUAAGAUUCCAAUCUUCUUUGUGAUGGGGGUAGCAACUACCCUUGACGCACCAAGGAAACUGCUCUCAUCAGAAGCUCUUCAACAGUUAGAUCCCUGUCAGCUUACCAUGGGGUCUCCCUCUGAUAGAAUGAAUGCACUUGUUGAGGCCAUCCUUGUUAAACCAUGCGCCGGUUUCUGCAUAAGUCACGAAGUUGCAGUCUUCCUCAAAAAUUACUUUUUCAGACAUGAUGGGACGAUAACAUCUUUUAUUAGUGCUCUAAAGCUUGCAUGCAGUAAGCACUUCUCUGUCGAACCUUUGAGCUUCUUGUGCAUGGGAACGCUUGAAGAGGAUUGUGAGAACUUUUGGCGUGAUAAAUUUGGUGCAAUGCCUGAAGCAAUGCAGAAACUAGCUUUUGGUUUACCCUCAUGUACAAGGGAAAAUAACUCGAUCAAGCCUGGCAAUAAUUUGGUAGAAGGGUUAUCUGCGCUGAUGAAGUUGCAAAGGGAUUGGAGUUCUGUUCUCUCGUGCUUGUAUGAAGCUGGAAGACAUGGCAAAGUGCAACUUUUGGAUAUUUUCUGUGAGGCAAUCAACCCAGAUCUGCGUACUCAGAAGGAUUCUAAUAUUGAACUGCUUAUGUCUAAAGUGACAAGUGGGAACCUAACAAGUGGUAACUCAGGUGCUGGUAGAAGAUUUCUAGCUCAGGCAUUGGAUACAGUAAGAUACAUGCCGAUGGAAACAUUAGUUCGUGUUCUUAAAGUUUGGAGCAUCCAUUCAGAAGGAAUGAAUGAGAUUAAUGACAAGGUGAAAGAGCUUCAGUCAACUACAACCAGUGCGGAUUGCAUGAGGAUAACAAAGGAUAAGUGGACUAGAUCAACAAAUAGUACCGCAAAUGGAGCAGUACCAUUAAAUGAGAAAGCUACCAUGCUAUUGGAUGAUAUUACAAGGAAAUUUUUGGUGCCUGUUGAGUGUUUACCUUUUCAUGAAAUCAUUUGCUUCAAGAAUGUUGGCGUACUUCAAUCUGCACUAAUUGGAAACCCAAGAAGAAUGGUUCAGCUUGAUCUGCUCAAGUCACAGAGCCGUCUUAAAUGCUCUUGCUGCAGUAGAAAUGGAAUCGCUGUGUCAGCAUCCUUGCAUGACACAUCCAUUAUGUGCAACCUAGCCCAAGAAUAUGGUGACGUAAUUAACCUCCAUGACUGGUACUUGUCUUUUGAUGGAAUUAUCAACAACACAAAUUCAAAAGGGAAAAGAAAACUGAUUGGUUCUCCAUCGAAAAAGAAAUCAAAAGCUGCACCUCAAGAGAGUGAAGCUAUGAUCCAAGCAAGGUUCUGCAGAGCUGUCACUGAGCUCCAAAUUACUGGGCUUCUUCGGAUGCCAAGCAAGAGAAGGCCAGAUCUGGUGCAGAGAGUUGCAUUCGGUCCUUGAGAUCUUUCAGCGCCGAAUUCACGCUAAGGUUCAGAUUGGAUUGAUGGAAGCUCAGCAACAGUCCGUAAGACCUUCAUGUUGGUGAUUUGUCUCCUAUGAUCAGUAUCUGCAGACUUGCAGCUUUCUGCAACACGAGUUUGACACAUUUAUCCAGUAACUCCAUGCGAAGCUGUGCAGCGUUCAGCAAUGCAAUGAGCCAGUGAAAUGAAAGCGAGCGACAAACUGGCUAAGGAAAUAUUUCUGCUGUAGUAGUAGUAUAGUAUGUAGCAUGUAUGCUUUAGUUCUAUGAUUUGUUGUAUGUAGAGCUUCCUUGACUCGACGGAACCUUCAGAUGCUUCUCUUGUGCUAUGAGUUCAUUUGAC